AUGUCUGUUUCCAGGGUCGAUAUGAAUACGUCCACCUUUGGCGAUCUGCUGUGGGAUCACAGCAAGGACCUCUCAAUGCAGAUCGAAGAGUUUCAAGACAACAAAAUGUCCCUCCUUCAGACAAAAUACGACAGUGAAGACGAACCAGUCUAUGUCAACAUAGAGAAAGAAGGGGACAGAUUCUCUGUCGAAACAAAUCUGGCUUUCCACAUUAUGUCUGACUCGUUCCACAGCAUCGAGGGUGCGACAGCAGAACAACAGUCCUACCUCCUUGAGGCAGAGAAAUCCCUCAACAAUCCGAUCAGGCGCAGGAGAAAGAACGAUGCAGCUACUGAAAAACAGGUGCUCCCAGCCCUCAGAGACCCCUCUCUCGACGAAUUUACUCACGACCACCCCACCAUGGAUGUCGACAAGUCUUCAUUUGGGUCAAGGAGGGAUCUAAGUUUCGACCAACCAGUCCUGAUUGAUCCCACCUCUGACGAGGCAAAUAUCAGCUUGUCAAUGGGUGACACAGCAUCACUCAUCCAAUUGUCUUUUGGUGACAAUGAUGGAAGCGUGGGUGUCAAGUCAUCAUUCACCCCAGACUGGACGGAGAUUCUACUCGGUAUGGCGAAAUGUUCCGAUGUUCGACAAGCGAAACGCGUUGCAGCAGCACACUGUGCCGUCCGGACAAUCAGGCUCGCGAAACUUCGCAAAGUAAUCGAGGAGCGGAAGAGAGCGGAGGCUGAGAUCAAGAUGGCCGAAGAGCAGGCGCAAAACCGGACAGUUCUGAAAGAGUACAAUCGAUUGAAAGGGCAAAUCAUCAAGCUCGACAAGGAAGAGAUGAGCAUUUUCAGGGACCCGACAUUCGAUCCGCCGACCGGUAGCAAAGAAAGGCAUAAAACCUUGGGUAUGAUCAGGGCGUGUCGGAAUCUUGGCAUUUCGAUGGACCAGCGCUUUUACGACCUUGUUAAGGGGGACGUACAGAACUGA